AGAAGUUCGUACGUCGUACACGUCCCGGUGUUUCGACUGAUGGUGUUCAAAGUGUACCUCGAUGAAGUGCUCUGAUGCUUAUCAACAAGCUAAAGGAACGCUGGGGAAUCGGGUGGGAUAAAAUACCAUAGCUCCGACGUAAAAGAAAACUUAGUGGGCAAAAGACUUCGAGAAUGAAUGAAGACUCUGAUAUUCACGGAGACGCUGCUGCUCCUUCCCUCAUGUGUAUCCAAGAUGUAGCUCACAUCAGGGAGGAAAGAUGUGACCAGACGUGCUCUGAGAGUGCAUAGAUCGAAACUCGUCAUCUCUGCCUCGUCUACGUUCGUUGGCGUCAGAGAAAACGUUUUGUUCGUUUUGGUUUUUUUUAUUUUUAUUUUUUUUCCCGUUUAUAUUUUUUUCGGCGGGUGGCACCACCAGAUGCCACCAUGGCCGUCCUGCUCCUGACGGCUCAUUUUCAUCCUGAUGGUGAGGUCCUUCGCUUUGUCAUUUUAGACGCAGGUGUGUGAGCAGCAGGAGAGCGCCCUCGACCACCCACCGCCCAUGACGUACUCCAUAGUUCUACAGGCGUGCGUCGACUCUUACCGCCACCUCAACCUGUCCUCUCAUGAACGCUGGUGUAACGCAACUUGGGAUUUGGUGCUCUGUUGGCCACCGACGCCGGCGGGCGAGAGUGCAAAACUGCCUUGCCCCAACGUUAAAGGGGUCGAUCCAUCCAAAUAUGUCUAUAAAUGGUGCGACGUGUCAGGACGAUGGACUGGCAAGACUCCGGACGACUUCAGUCUUCCGCAGGGCUGGACGAACUACACCGUCUGCUUUACCAAGGCAAUUCAGGAGAUUAUGAAAGAGCUCUACAAGCAGUCCGACGAAGAUGCACAGACGAAGAUAGACAUCGCCUUGGGCACCAGAAUUAUGGAGAUUGUUGGCCUCAGUCUGUCACUAGCCUCUCUAUGCGUCUCUCUCGCUAUUUUUUUCUACUUCAGGAGCCUCAAGAACAACAGGACGAGGAUUCAUCGGAAUCUCUUCGUCGCCAUGGUGAUUCAGGUCAUGAUUCGCCUGGUCCUGUACAUUGACCAGGCUGUCAUUCGGGGUCACAUCGUUGGGCAGGCGCCCUCGAGCUCCAAUGCUUCCAGACAAGGAAUUGACAACACUCCUGUCCUUUGUGAGGCGUCGUACGUUCUUCUAGAGUACGCACGUACAGCCAUGUUUAUGUGGAUGUUCAUAGAGGGUUUGUACCUGCACAAUAAAAUUACAGUGACAGUUUUCCAGCAUCGUUUCUACUACAGCGUGUAUCAUGCAGUUGGCUGGGGCGUGCCCAUUCUCAUGACGGCUGCCUGGGCAACUGCAACGGCUACCCAUUAUGGGAACUCAAGGUGUUGGUGGGGGUAUAACUUCACGGGUUAUUUUUGGAUUCUAGAGGGACCUAGACUCUCGGUUAUAUCAAUGAACAUGAUCUUCCUAUUAAAUAUUAUACGAGUCCUAGUCACUAAGCUGCGUCAGAGUAAUUCCAGUGAGGCUUUGCAAGUCAGGAAAGCGGUGAAAGCAGCUAUCGUCUUGCUCCCUCUGCUGGGCAUCACGAACGUCCUGAACAUGAUCCCGGGUCCUCUGGGUCGCUCGGCGGUCGAAUUCGGGCUGUGGUCCUACGCAACCCACUUCCUAACUUCCUUUCAGGGUUUCUUCAUCGCCUUACUCUAUUGCUUCCUAAACGGAGAGGUACGGGCAGCGGUAAGGAAGUACGUCGACAAUUACCUCCUGCAUCGGUCCGCCGGAGUCCGUCGAGGGUCGGGUCUCUCUUCCGUCUUCCUGACGACGGUCACGGACCUCCCUCGAGACCCUCACGCGAGGUCGAGAAAUCUCUGUGCAUGUCUUCGAGGAAACCAGAGUCCUACUCAUGGGUCGUACUUAUGACAGUUGCGUCGGCUCCCUGGAUGUCCCAGGAAGGGUCCCAGGGUGCCAGGACCCCAUCACGCCCGUAAGAAAAGAGUGAACGAUCGAUCGGCGUUCAACAUGGGUCGUCGGGAUGGGGCAGGAACC